UCUAGACGGACCGAAUGGCUGUUACGAAAACAAAUAGGCUAAACUUGUGUAGUGUUGUGAUCAAUUUUUUCUUUGUAAUAGAAGAUCUGACGUUCCCUGAUGGAGAUUAUCGGCAGCACAUUUGAUGACUCUGUGUUCUCGGAGGCCAGAGAGCGGGUGUGUCGCUCUCUGUCGUUUUAUAACGCCAAAUUCUGCGAACCGGAGUGGUUUUGUGACAGUACCGCUCUGGACACGGACGAUACUUUGGAGAAGCAGAAAGUAUUUAAGUUCAGAGGUGACCUGGCUUUUAGACAAGGAAACUAUCAGAGAGCCUUGGAUGCAUACAGCAGCUGCCUGCAGUUGAUCGCAGACAACAACCUAACCAUCAGGCGAGAUGUUCUGGAGGGAAUGGCUCGAUGCUGCACCAGGCUCGGCCGAACGGAACAGGCACUGGAGUUGGCCGAAUUACUGAGCAAAGAAGCCUCAAACACCUGUCACCUCACCAGUCUCCUGCUGCUUAAAGUCAGCAUCUACCAGAACCAUGGCUCUGUGGGGCCUCAAAUGUCCUGUCUGCAACAGCUUUGCAGCCUGCUGCCCUUUAACCCCUGGCACUGGCUUAGCCUGGGACAGACGUGUUUACAACUGCUGGAUAGAAAUCCCAAAAAAGAGCACACAUCAGAGGCUGUGAAUGGUGAUUCUGAGAAGGACCAGGAGGGGGCAGCAGAACUCUCUGAGGAUAGAGUCUGGCUCAGAGCUUGCAUCUGUUUCAUCAGAACACGACUCCUGUUGCGAAUCCUCCGCCAGCAGCAGUCCUCCUUUGUGUUGCAGCGCAGUGAGAAGGCUCUACAGAUUACAGCAGAGGAACUGCAGCGACUAAAUCCUAAAGAAGCGACACUGCAGACUGUCACUGAGGUGAUGUCAGAGGAUCUGAUCCCAGAGAAAAUGAGAGAGGACUACCAGGAUGGAGAGAGCCUGACCUCUGCAUGUUUGCAGAGCUUCAGCGAGCGCUGGUGGAACAGGGCUGUACUGACAGGAGUGUUAGACACUGAUGGGCCGCAGCUUAAACCUUAAUGUUCAGAGAAUAAAUGUUUGCAUCAAUGCUGACAAACGGCAGAGGGUUUAAGAUCAUGCUAAAAAAAAUUUAAACUAAUAUUUAUUUCUUUUCCUAAGAAAAA